AUCGGGCAGCAUGGCGUUUGAAUGAGAGCAGGAAGAGCUAACGCAGCAACGGAAGGAGGUUAUUGCUAAUUACAGACACCAUUGAACGUUGCACUCCACCAAACCAGAGGUUUCUAGAGUUAAUUGUUUUCGGGGUAUGUCUUAGAGAUCACAUAAGGCCUGUCCGGUGAGGCAGCUACAGUCUGAUGAGGGCAGGACGACAGCUGGCAGGAUGCAGCAGAAAAGGAACAUCCAGAUCAUCGAGUGGGAGGACCUCGAUAAAAGGAAGUUCUAUUCCUUUGGGAUAUUCAUGACCAUGACCAUUCGGGCCACUGUCUACCCAGCUACACUGAUCCGCACCCGGCUUCAGGUGCAGAAGGGAAAAUCUCUCUACAGCGGGACCUUUGAUGCGUUCUUCAAGAUCCUUAAGGCGGAGGGCGUACGAGGCCUGUACCGUGGUUUCAUGGUGAACACCUUCACUCUCAUCUCAGGCCAGGCGUACAUUACUACCUACGAGUUGGUGAGGAAGUAUGUUUCCCAGUAUUCAGAGGACAAUACGAUCAAGUCCCUGGUGGCCGGGGGCUCGGCCUCUCUUGUUGCUCAAAGCAUCACUGUUCCUAUAGACGUUGUGUCACAGCAGCUGAUGAUGCAGGGCCAGGGGCAGCACCUCACACGCUUUCGACUCAGUUCCAACUCUCAGACCGGGAAGCCUGCAAAGGUUUUUGGGCAGACCACAACGAUAGUGUCUCAGAUUUUUGCUGCUGAUGGCUUCCGAGGCUUCUACAGAGGAUACGUGGCUUCUUUACUCACUUACAUCCCAAACAGUGCAGUCUGGUGGCCUUUCUAUCACUUUUAUGCAGAGCAACUGUCCAAGAUGGCUCCCAGUGACUGCCCCCACCUGCUCCUUCAGGCCAUGGCUGGACCUUUAGCUGCUGCGACUGCCUCUACUGUCACCAACCCAAUGGAUGUGGUCAGAGCCAGAGUACAGGUUGAAGGGAGGAACUCGGUGAUUGAGACGUUCAGGCAGCUGAUCAGGGAGGAAGGCUGCUGGGGACUGACCAAAGGACUGUCGGCUCGCAUCAUCUCAUCCACGCCCACUGCCAUCGUUAUUGUGGUCGGCUAUGAAACGCUGAAAAAACUGAGCCUGCGGCCCGAGCUGGUAGAUUCCAGACACUGGUAGAAAGGCUUUUAAACUACUUGGACCAUGUGCCAUUUUUAUCCCUUUCCUGUUGACAUUUUUAGUUUAUUUCAAAAUCAGCAGAGUUGGAUCAAUUGUCUGG